CACGUCUUCUUUCUGAAUCUCUUCACGCAGAAAUCCUCAAACCCCCGCCAUUAGUUCUACCUUCGUCCUCACAUGGGACCGUAGCUUCGUUCUCACUGCAAAAAGUGAUGCUCUUCCCCAUCUGAUAAACCAUUAAACCUCCAUCCAAAACCCUAACGGACUGCAUCACUCUACCUCCAACGGCACCGUUCAGGCAACUCUGGCCUUAUGCAUGAAUAGCUGUCCCGUCGCUUUUUUCACAUUACGGGGUAAAUGAAGCUUGAAGCCGGGAAAAAAACAUGGUUGGUCUUAAAAUCAACUUGGGAAGCGAUUUUGAUGUAUAAAUCAAUUAGAUUUUUAUAAAUUUUGGGAUGACUCCUGCUUUGCUUCCUAAACAUGUAGCUGCUGUCCUAAAGUACCAAAAGGAUCCCCUCAAAGCACUUGCGAUUUUCAAUUCUGUUAAGAAAGAUGGUUUCAAGCACACGUUGUUAACUUAUAAGUGCAUAAUUGAAAAGCUUGGGUUUCAUGGUGAGUUUGAGGCUAUGGAGAAUGUGCUCAUGGAGAUGAGGGCAAAUGUUGAUAAUAGUUUGUUGGAAGGAGUGUAUAUUGUAGCCAUGAGAAACUAUGGAAGGGAAGGGAAGGUUCAAGAAGCUGUUGAUGUGUUUGAGAGGAUGGACUUCUAUAACUGUGAGCCGUCAGUUUUAUCUUAUAAUACAGCCAUGAACAUAUUAGUUGAGUAUGGGUAUUUCAAGCAAGCCCAUAAACUGUAUUUAAGGAUGAAGGAUAAAGGAAUUGUUUCUGAUGUUUAUACUUUCACCAUAAGGAUAAAGUCAUUUUGUAGGACAAAAAGGCCUCAUGCAGCUUUACGGCUUCUUAACAACAUGCCUUUUCAAGGGUGUGAGCUUAAUGCAGUUGCAUAUUGUACCGCAAUUAGUGGGUUCUACGAAGAAGACUAUCAAGUUGAGGCAUAUGAAUUGUUUAAUAUGAUGCUUAGUAUGGGUAUCUUUCCUGAUAUUGCUACAUUCAAUAAGCUUAUAAAUAUUCUUUGUCGGAAGGGGCAUGUCCAAGAAAGUGAAAAACUGCUCAAUAAGGUGCUCAAGAAGGGAGCAUGCCCGAAUUUGUUUACACUUAAUAUCUUCAUCCAAGGGCUUUGCAGAAAAGGUGCACUUGAUGGGGCUAUCAGUUUGUUUGAUAGUGUGACUAGGGAAGGGCUAAGUCCUGAUGUUGUGACAUACAACACAUUAAUCUGUGGAUUAUGUAAGAACUCCAAGGUUGUAGAAGCUGUGAACUAUCUGCAUAAAAUGGUGAACAAGGGAUUGGAGCCUGAUGGCUUCACUUACAAUACUAUAAUUGAUGGAUUUUGCAAAAUGGGCAUGACACAAGAAGCUGACAAGAUUAUGAAUGAUGCUAUUUUCAAAGGAUUUGUGCCUGAUGAGUUCACAUAUGGCUCACUAAUUAAUGGGUUAUGCCAGGACGGCGACAUAGACCGUGCGCUGGCUCUUUUCAACGAGGUAUUAGGGAAAGGAAUAAAGUGUAGCAUUGGUCUAUAUAACACACUUAUUAAAGGGUUAUCUCAGCAUGGACUUAUUUUGGAAGCAUUGCAGCUAAUGAAUGACAUGUCAGAAAAAGGUAGCAGCCCAGAUAUAUGGAGUUAUAAUAUAGUUAUAAAUGGUUUGUGCAAGAUGGGUUUUGUCUCUGAUGCCAAUAAUCUAAUGAAUGAUGCCAUUGGCAAAGGGUAUAACCCAGACAUUUUCACAUUCAAUACUUUGAUUGAUGGUUACUGUAAACAAUUGAAGUUGGACAAUGCAAUUGAGAUUCUAAACAGCAUGUUGAUCCAUGGUAUCACUCCUGAUGUGAUCACAUAUAAUUCUGUAUUGAAUGGCCUCUGCAAGGCUGGGAAAUCUGAAGAUGUAAUGGAAACGUUCAAAAUGAUGAUGGAAAAAGGAUGUGUGCCCAACAUAAUCACAUAUAAUAUACUUGUAGAGAACCUGUGUAAAGCUCGGAAGGUGAAUGAGGCUCUGGACUUGCUGGAAGAAAUAAGAAACAAGGGAAUGGCCCUAGAUACUGUUAGUUUUGGCACAGUGAUAAGUGGUUUUUCCAAUAAUGGAGAUUUGGAUGGAGCCUACCAACUCUUUAGAAAAAUGGAACAACAAUAUAAUGUGUGUCACACUGUAGUGACCUACAAUAUCAUGAUCAAUGCCUUCUCUGAAAAGCUAGAUAUGCAUAUGGCAGAAAAGCUUUUUCAUGAGAUGCGGGAUAAAGGCUGUGCCCCAGACAGUUAUAGUUUUCGUGUCAUGAUUGAUGGCUUCUGUAAAAUGGGAAAUGUUGAUUCUGGAUAUAAUUUUCUCCUGGAAAAGAUUAAGAAAGGGUUCAUUCCGUCACUGACAACAUUUGGACGGGUAAUAAACUGUCUUAGUGUGCAGCACAGAGUUCAUGAAGCAGUUGGUAUUAUUCGUCUUAUCGUGCACAAUGGGAUUGUCCCCGAGGCUGUGGACACUAUCUUUGAGGCUGAUAAAAAGGCUAUUGCAGCACCUAAGAUAGUCUUGGAAGACUUGUUGAAGAAAAGUCAUAUAACAUAUUAUGCAUACGAACUUCUCUAUGAUGGCAUUAGAGAUAAGAAACUACAAAAGAAAAAGCUUCCAAGUGGGUCUUAGUUUGAAUAUUCAAAGGGCUCCCAGAUUGUAUUCUUUAUUGGAAUGGGAAAUAUAACUUAUAUAAAUGCGUUCUGAUAAAAGUCAAGCAUUUACCAGAAGUUCAAGUAUAAACUUGUUAGCAACCCCAGUGGCAGCUGAAAUAAUUCACUGCAGAAAACAAUGGUAUGCUGGGUCGCCUUUUUCUUUUUUCCUGUGCUCUGUAUUUCUCAGCAGGAUAGUUUAUACCCUUUCAGGUGUUUCAGGGAUUGAUUAAACACUUAACCUACUGAAUGUUGGGAUACAAUUUUGUUGGUCAUAACUUUACCGGUUUGUUACUUGUUUAAAAAUUCAUAGACCAAAUUACUUA